UAGAUGGAGCGCGACGUCAAACUCCACGUGCGUCUCCGCGGUGUCUCCUUGAAGAAGACUCUCACGCGCACCUCCGUGACAGCUUUACGUCGAGAGUGGUUCGUUUCUCCUAAACCUCGUUCAGCCAGCAGCGGGAGAUGCCGCGGUACGAGCUGUGCGUGAUCCUGAAGGCGAUGCAGAGGCCGGAGACGGCCGCGGCGCUGCGGCGCACGGUGGAGACGCUGCUGGAGCGCGGCGCUGUGGUCAGGGCUCUGGAGAACCUCGGCGAUCGCAGACUGCCCUACAAGAUCUCCAAACACGACUCUCGGCACACGCACGGCGGAUACUUCUCCGUCGACUUCCACUCCUCGCCGGGGAUCGUGAGCGAGCUGCUGAAUCACCUCGAGCGGGACGUCGACGUGCUGCGACCGACAGUUUUAAAGAAAGACGAGCGGCUCGUCGCAGCGCGGUGCUGUGAAGCUCAAGCUCAGAAAGCGAAGAGGGCCACUUCCAGAUAAACGUGAGAAUCGGACUGUGUAGAAGGCAUCAUCUGCUGGAUUAUGUGAAUGGACUGUUGCAACGAGACAAAACGAAUAAAUGUCAGCAUCCUUUUUAUAUUUUUGCCGGAACGCAUUUAACUUAAGCUAAUUAUGUGAUGGGGUUUUUCCACAAAGAACUGUACAUAUGACCGCUUUGCGGGAUCAGCGUUUUUGGAGUAUUCAGUGUUAAUAUGACAGUUUCUGCUUCAGUGAAUACGUGCAUAAAUAAACCACAUAAAAAUAUA